AUAUAGAUUUAAAUAUAAAACGGUGCCGUUCUUUUCUAAACCCUAAAGAAAGUCCUGAACCCUCCUUCCUCCCUCAGUGCCCUAUUGUCCAGAAAACCUUUUCUUUCUUUCUCAUCCGCCGCUGACACGGUCCCGAACCCUUGUCUGCCUCUCUCCCAUCUCCGCCUCCCACUGCGUUCUGUGGCCCGGAUUUUGCUUCAAGGGCCCAAGGUGGGUCUUCCGUUACUUUUGGCUAGGGAGGAUUGGAUAUUUCUGCUUUCUCAUAGGUUUGAAACUUAGCACAAUCACAAAAUGAAUUCCAUCGAAGCCCCCCCUCCAUGGAUGUUGAAGUAGUUCCUUUUGAACCAAAACCUGAAUCUGGAUCUUUGCCGGCAAAGCCACCGUUUGAACCUUUGAAGGCUCAUGAAAUGUCCGAUGGUCAAGUUCAGUUUCGAAAGGUCAAUGUUCCACCACAUCGGUAUUCACCUCUCAAGAAAGCAUGGAUGGAAAUAUACACUCCAAUAUAUGAGCAGAUGAAGAUCGACAUCCGAAUGAAUCUCAAGGUUCGUAGGGUUGAAUUAAAAACCAGACCCAACACACCUGACGUUAGUAACCUACAGAAGUGUGCAGAUUUUGUUCAUGCAUUCAUGCUAGGUUUCGAUGUAAUAGAUGCCAUUGCACUUUUGCGUUUGGAUGAGCUCUAUGUGGAAUCAUUUGAGAUCAAGGAUGUUAAAACACUUAGAGGAGAGCACUUGUCUCGUGCCAUAGGAAGACUGUCUGGUAAAGGUGGUAAAACAAAAUUUGCAAUUGAAAAUGCAACAAAGACAAGGAUUGUGAUUGCCGACACCAAGAUUCACAUAUUAGGGUCAUAUAGGAACAUUAGAGUUGCAAGAGAUUCUCUCUGCAGCCUUAUUUUGGGAUCCCCUGCCGGAAAAGUAUAUUCAAAACUAAGAACAGUAUCUGCUAGAUUGGCAGAAGGUUUUUGAGGGAGUUUUGUUUUUUGUAGUUUUGAUACUAUGGAAAUCUGUCCCCGGAUGAGAUAUGGAUUUUUGAUAGUUCAUUGUAAGUGCUGAGUAUGAUUUACAAUCAGGUAUGCUUUGCAAUUCCGGCAACCAUUAUAGGUUUUACAUUCA